AUGGCAGAAUUAAAAUCCUCCGACAAAAAUGCAGAGAGCUUCCAUCCGAAAUUAGAGAAUGAAUUGAAACUUGAUGCCGAAAUUCGUAAUCUUUGGUCGGAGAGCAUUCAUUGCCGGAAUCAACGUCAAAUGUUUGAUAAGGCCAAUGAAAUUUAUGAUUUUAUUAUUGUCGGAGCCGGAACUGCCGGAUGCGUACUAGCGAGAGAACUCAUUUAUAAUAUUAGCAAUGUUAACAUUUUAGUAUUAGAAGCUGGUCCAUCCGAUGUGCAAGUUAAUGAUAAAAUUCGAUUGCCUUGUACACUUCCUUCGAUUUAUCGAGCAAGUGAAACAGAUUGGGGAUAUUAUACGGAAGAGCAAAGGAUGCAAAGUAUUAUCGAACCUACAAAAGAGGUGUUAAUUAAAAGGACCCCUUAUCCGCGUGGCAAGGUUAUUGGAGGAUGUAGCACCAUAAACUCAAUGGUUUACAUGCGAGGUCAAAAGUCUGAUUACGAUAGUUGGGCGGCACAAGGUCCUGAAUACAAAAUUUGGGAUUACGAUCAUUGUUUUGAGGCUUUCAAAUCUGUCGAAAACAACGCGCGUGAAAACCCAGAUGAAGAAUUUAAAAAGUAUCAUGGGUUCAAUGGCCAACUUCACGUACAAGAUAGUCCAAAUGAUACUUAUGAGAUGGCAAAAGACUUCAUUAAAGUUGCAAACAAUCUUGGCAUUCCCUAUAAUAACGAUUUCAACGGCGCUACGCAAACUGGAAUAGGGAAACAUCAGCUUACAAUGAAAGAUGGUAAGCGGUUUUCGUUAGCUGAUGCUUAUCUGACGGACGCAUUGAAAAAAGUUGAAAAAUACCCUCCUUUAAAACCAUUAACACUUCCUUAUGGAGGGAUAGCCAACGGCGUUGCAAAGAUCGUUGCUGUCAAUGUUAAAUCUUUUGCCCAUAUGUUGAGUAUUAUCUGGGACGAAGAAAAAGAAGAUGAAAAUAUUGCAAUUGGUGUCAAGUAUUUCUGUAAUGGUGGAAUUCAUAACGCUUUCAUUGCUCCGAAAGGAGAAGUGAUUAUUUGUGGUGGAGCUAUUAAUAGCGCUCAGAUUUUAAUGCUAUCUGGAAUCGGUCCAAAGAAUAAUUUGGAGGCAAAUAAUAUCAAAGUUCGAAAAGAAUUACCAAUUGGACGUAAUUUACUGGAUCAUCCUUUAUGUUAUAUCAUUGGCAAAGUUUCUAAUCCAAAUGGAACAAAUGAUUCUCGAAUUCAUUCAUGGUGUUGUGGGAUUAAACUUGGAAUUAAUUACAAAGGUAACGUUGAAGGAAAAAUUCCGAGUAAAGAUGAAUUACUCGAUGACCAUCCGGAUUUUCAAUCAUAUGUAAACGCAAUUGUUUUUGAUCCUAUUAUUGACGAUUAUAUCAGAUCAGGCACACCAGAACAAAAAUUUGAAGCAUUUACUUUGGCCUCAGUUUUAAAUUUCCCAUCAAGUGUUGGCCAUUUGGAAUUAUGUAGUUCUAAUCCAUUCAUGCUACCAAAACUAUUCCUCAAUUAUUAUGAAAAACCUGAAGAUAUGUAUAGAAUGAUAAGUUCAUUAAAAUUAUUACGUGAAAUUAUUAAGCAACCUCCAUUAAGUACUGUAUGGGCCGUGAAAGAAAUAGGACUUAAUGAUGAAUUUGGAAAAUGGUGUAGUGUAGGAGAAGAGAUGAGUGAUGAAGAUUGGGAAAGAUAUAUCCGUGAAAAGACAUCAACAGCGUCUCAUACAUGUGGUACAGUAAAGAUGGCACCAGAAUCUCAAGGAGGAUGUGUUAAUCAUCGCCUUCAAGUUUAUGGCACUAAAAAUCUUCGAGUUGUUGACGCUUCAAUUAUUCCGUUUAUUCCGAAUACUAAUACUAAUGCGCCUGUUGCCAUGAUUGCAUGGAGAGCAAGCAAGUUGAUUGAAGAAGAUUAUAGAAAUAAAAUUUAA